UAGCUUAAAAGAAUUGUUUCAAAUCAUUGUCACUCUAGGAAUUAGGACUAAUGUUGACAAUUAUUUUCAAUUAUACCCUUAGCGAUAAAGUAGUUCUUUUUAAUAAUAAUGCUCAAUAUAAAAAAAAUAAUCUAAUAUAUAGGGAUACUAAAUAGUGAACUGUACUUUAUAGUUAUUAUUUUUCUUAAUAGACGUGAAAAGGCUAAAACGACAGUUAAAAUGGGACGACAUGCGUAAUAUGUAAAGUGAGUAUUACUAAUCACUUUUGAUCUUCUUUAAUAGCAAGGGUAAGAUUGAAAAAAGUAAUUAAUAUCUGUCUCAAUUUUUAAAAUCUACAAUUAUUUUGGGAUAUUUGUUAUGGGAUAAACGACACUUAAAAUGAGAUGGCGAGAAUAACAUUCUGAACCUAUAUCUUAUUUGUUCUAAAUCAACGUCUUCCUAUUACAUCUUUUCUUAAAUCUCCUUUAAGGAAAGAAAUAGAAACCCGAGAUUAUAUUUUUUAUUUUAUUAUUUAGCUUUUAAACAUGAAUGGAAUUUGUAGAGAGCGAGUCCAAAGGGCUGCAAUCAAAAUCUGUUAAGCAAAGAAGCAUAUCAACUUCCACAUCUCAGAUCUCUCCACGUGGCACACUUCCAUAAAUACCAAUAUACCUUCGACACUCAAAACUUCUCUAAAUGUGGCACAAGUCUAAUUAUUAAUCAAAGAAAAAACAAAACAUUUACAUACUUGUAUAUUCUUUUUGACCUUUCCUCUUUUCCCAUCACUAGUUCUAAUAGAAAAGCUCUUCCAUAUUUAGUUCAUCAUAACAUAUAUUGUGUCAAUCUUGUAUUUUUGUGACUGGUGAAAUGCUUGAUUGGAUCAAAUUCCAAUACCAACUAAGAGAAUUUGAUCAACCUAUUUUCUUUCGUUAAGGUGGAGAACAGACAAAGAAUUCUUGUUCUUCAUCGUCAAUCGAAAAGAAUUAAAUAAAUUUCAAGAAUAAACAAAUAAAACAAAACAAAACAUAUUAUUACUAGCUAGUAAGCGAGUUAUGGAGGAAAAUAAAUCAUUCACUCUAUAGUCUGAUAAAUUUUGUGCAGAACUGAUUAAUCGGACGAGAAUAAAGGUAGAGUCCCGUUCUACUACUUAAGGUUUAAUGGAUCCCUUAUGUGAAUUAUGUGGAGUGGUGAGGGCAGUGGUGUAUUGUAAGUCAGAUUCAGCAAGGCUUUGCUUGCAAUGUGAUGGAUAUGUUCACUCAGCAAAUUCGUUAUCGCGAAGGCAUUUACGUUCUCUUAUUUGUGACAAAUGCACUUCACAGCCAGCAGUUGUGAGAUGCAUGGAUGAGGCAAUGUGCUUGUGUGAAGGCUGCGAUUGGAACGAAAAUGGAUGCAUCGUGGCAGGGCAUCGACUCCAGAAGUUGAAUCCUUACAGUGGAUGCCCGUCUCCCGAUGAGUUUACAAGGAUGUUAUCACUAGUUCUUGAAAUGCCUAUUAGUAAUGACAUGACUAAUUUUGGGAGCUUUGGUACUACUCCUUGUAGCUCAUUGAGUAUCAAUGAGAAUAAUAGCAGUUUGGAGAGUAAUAAAGGGAAUGAAGGUUCAUUGGUUGCUAGUAAGCUCAAUGAGUUUGCUUCUAAUUUUAAGCUUGAACCAUGGACCAAUAUUCCUUCUGAUCCCAAUUACAUCACUUCCUACAACAGAGAUCCGGCACCCUUCUCCGAGGGAUCUGCCCUUCCUAAGCAAGAUUGUGCAAUUAAGGAUCUCGGAUUACAGGAAGGUGAUGAUCUCUCAAAAGGUGUUGAUUUUGACGACGUGACAUUGAAUUUCGACUGUGGUUAUGAGAUUUUGGGCAGUUCACAACAGAGUCAUCCAAAAUACUCUAAUGAAGACAAGGAAUUAGAUUGCCUAGUGAUGGAGAAAAAUUCAUCCGUCACAGGAUCUAAUCAUGUGGAAACUUCUCACGAGGCAACAUCUUCAAUGCAGCAAGAGUAUUUGGGAUUUCAGUCCUCACAAAUGGUUGCAGCUGCGAGUUCAACGAAUCUGUUGCAGACAAUAAGUGCCACUGCUAAUUGCAUGUUUAUGAAUCCCACUUGCAACGGAAGCAUUGGCUUACCGUUUCUACCUGCACCGAUUCAUCCAAGCAUGUCAUUAUCACUCUCCAAUAUCACCGGAGAAAGUAGUGCAACAACUGACUAUCAAGAUUGUGGGUUGUCACCGGGGUUAUGGGAUAUCAGUAUUGAAAAUUGUCCACAGAAAAGGCAUGAAGCCAAGAUGAGAUAUAACGAGAAAAAGAAAACUAGAACGUUUGGUAAGCAAAUAAGAUAUGCUUCGCGUAAGGCUAGGGCAGAUACCAGAAGACGAGUUAAAGGUAGAUUUGUUAAAGCUGGGGAAGCUUAUGAUUAUGAUCCAUCAGAUUCAAGAGAUUUCUGAGAAUAAACCGGCUGAUUUUGGUCUCCCUUCUACUUUGUCAACACUUCCCAAAAUAUUAAGCCCUUUAAUGAACACUCUGCACAACAAAGAGAGUUGUCAUGAUUUCCAAUGGCAUUAGCCGGUAGUUUCAACUAGACUCUUGCUUUCUCAUAGGAUCCAACAGUCAAGAGGAUAAAAUUGCAAAAAGACUCUGCCUUUCCUUUGCAUUUGAGCUCAGAAACCUCAUACAAGUCACCCUAAAAUCUGGUGGUGUGUACAAAUUAUAUCCGUUGCAGAGGUGCCUCCAACGUCUUCCAUACCCAUGCCAUCUAAUAAGCUUCAAAUUAUUAGCACUUAGAUUUUUUGCUUUCACUUAUUUGAUGCUUUCUAUUGAACUCGAUUUUUAUAGCUAGUUUAUGGUCUAGAGCUAUAUUCAUCUCAUUUGAAUUGCUUUAGCAAUUGUUUAAAUAAGGUAUAAAGAAUGACGCAGAGGUUUGUGACAAAAGUCGUCACCUUAAGUUUUCUUACUCUUAUUAUGUGAAUGGAUCAUACAUACAAUUUGAUACUUGUGGCACUUAGUGUGCUUUCUUG